AUUACCCGAACUCGGUCAUGUUUCUAAUUCUUCAGUAAUUAUCAUUAAUUUGCCAUGUCUGUUAUAAUUAAAAUAACAUUGGCGAUAUUAGUAUCCGGCGUGAGUUGUGAAGCGGCGAAGUGUGAUGGUAAAACUUGUGCGCAAUGUAUAGGUGAAUCAGUUGACUGCGCGUGGUGUCCUGCCGCAGAUCAUAUUGGACCAAGAUGCCAAUCAAACAACACGAUAAACCCCUCCUGGUGUAGUGAAAAAGUGGACAACCCGAUACCUAACAAACCCAAAGAGAUUUUGAGGAAUGACCGUAUCACGCCAGACCCAACAAAGGUGGUUCAGCUGGCCCCUCAGGAACUUAAAAUAUCCAUUCGACCUGGACAGACAGAAAAAUUCACGAUCAAUUACAAACCCGCAAAGGAUUAUCCAUUAGACGUAUAUUAUCUCAUGGAUGCUUCAUAUACAAUGAGAAAUACUAUACAAUUGCUAAGAAAGCAGGGAGAACAAAUCUAUAAAAGAUUAAAUCAAUUUACAAAUAACGUGAGAUUAGGAGCCGGCACAUUUAUAGAGAAGCCGGCUUUGCCCUUUGCAGACCCUAACAUCCACUACGCUUAUGCUUUCAAACAUCAUCUCAAUCUCACUACACAGAGAGACAGAUUCGAGAAAGUUCUUAAUAAUGUUAGGACCGGAGCUAACUAUGAGGCCCCCGAAGCUGGCCUCGAUGCGCUGAUGCAAGUGAUGGCCUGUAAAGAUGAAAUCGGUUGGAGAAAAAAUUCAAGGAAAAUCAUAGUAUUGUGCACCGAUGCCACAUACCAUAGCGCCGGUGAUGGAAAAAUAGUUGGAGCGGCUAAACUCAACGACAUGGAGUGCCAUCUCAACAAAGAUGGUGCUUACACUCUAGAAUUAGAACAAGACUACCCCACGGUUAACCAGAUACGAAAAAUUGCCAAACGUGAAAAUAUUAUUGUUAUUUUCAACGUUAAGAACCGUGUUAUACCCGAAUACAAGGCUUUAGCAGACCGACUUGAUAUAGGAGCAGAAGUAAUUGAGUUAAAAGAAAAUUCCAAUAUAACUAAAACAAUUGCUGACGUAUAUACGAGGAAACUAGGCAACGUUAAAAUGGAUGUUUCAAGACCAGACAAUGUUCUAGUCACAUUGACACCGGAUUGUACAGUCCAAGAUACCUGCCAAGUGGCGCAUGCCAGUGAUACCCAGAUCCAAGUCACAGUCACUGCCGAUUCUUGCCUGAAAAGGGAAGAAAAUAAUACAAUCACGAUUAAGCCAGAUGGCCUGGCCGAGACUGUAAAGAUUACUAUUAAAACUUUAUGUGAAUGCGAUUGCGAGAAAAAACCAAAACCGAACGCGAUAAAGUGCCACAGUAGCGGUAGUUUAGUAUGUGGGAUUUGCGAAUGUAAUCCUAACCGUUUUGGGGACACGUGCGACUGCAUUGGAAGUUCUACGAUGCAUUUAGACAAAUGCAAAGCACAUCCUGAGGACACGGUCUUAUGUAGUGGUAUUGAUAGAGGUUCAUGUAGCUGCGGCAAAUGCACCUGCAAUCAAUUCUACUCUGGUGAUUUCUGUGAGUACGACGAAAGAGCGUGCCUCAAGGGUGCCCCGACGAAGGGCAGCGACCUUCGGCUCAUUUGCUCCGGCAAAGGCAAGUGCAUCAAGGAGAAAUGCGAGUGUUCCAAGGACUACGAGGGCGACGCGUGCCAGUGCCCCCUCAAAGACGACGACUGUCGUGCCCCUUAUUCUGAAAAAGUUUGCUCCGGAAACGGCAUAUGCCAAUGUGGUGAAUGUAAUUGUACUAGACUAGAUUCCAAAGGCAACCUCUAUCACGGUGCCUUCUGCGAAAACUGUCACGACUGCGACGGAAACAGGUGCAAAGAGCUAGAGAAAUACGUACUAUGCGUGUACACGAACGAGACAACGAAAGAAGCGUGCGACGAAAAGUUUCAGUCAAAGAACACCUACGUUUUUUUCGUAAAUAAAACAGAAAUCAAUACACCGAAGUAUCAUCUAGCAAAACGCUGCACAAUACUCCGAGAUGAUGGAAAAUCUAUUAUUUUCAAGCAUAGAUAUUAUAGAAAGGAUGCAAAUAUGCACAUUAUCAUUCAAAAGGAGUUGGAGGAACCCGACCGUGCCAAUAUGUGGAUCGCCAUAGGCAGCGCCAUUGGCGCCAUAAUUCUGAUCGGCCUGUUGACCGCGGUCAUCUGGAAGGUGGCGGUGGACAUGUACGACGCCAGGGAGUACAAGAGAUUCAACAAGUUGCUCGACGAGUCCGGAGACGCUGCGAACAUCAACCAAAUAUAUAAAGAGCCUACGGCUAACUUUACGAACCCCAUGUUUAACAGACUGUCGCGUGUGUUACGCUAGUUUAGUUUGAUCUUUGUUUUAAUAAUCGACCAAA